AUGCCUGAUCCGAUCCUGGCCAUCAUAUCCAUCCUCUUCAUCGUCCUGUCCACAAUCGCCUUGUCUCUGAACACCCUCCCGGAGCUCCAGGACACCGAUGAGUUCGGCCAAUCCACCGACAACCCCCAGCUGGCCCACGUGGAGGCGGUGUGCAUCGCCUGGUUCACCAUGGAGUACCUGCUCCGCUUCCUCUCCUCCCCCAACAAGUGGAAGUUCUUCAAGGGCCCGCUGAACGUCAUCGACCUGCUGGCCAUCCUGCCCUACUACGUCACCAUAUUCCUGACCGAGUCCAACAAGAGCGUGCUGCAGUUCCAGAAUGUCCGGCGGGUGGUGCAGAUCUUCCGCAUCAUGCGGAUCCUGCGCAUCCUGAAGCUGGCCCGGCACUCCACUGGCCUGCAGUCUCUGGGCUUCACCCUGAGGAGGAGCUACAACGAGCUGGGUCUGCUCAUCCUCUUCCUGGCCAUGGGCAUCAUGAUCUUCUCCAGUCUCGUCUUCUUCGCCGAGAAGGAUGAGGACGACACCAAGUUCAAAAGCAUUCCGGCGUCUUUCUGGUGGGCCACAAUCACUAUGACCACCGUGGGUUACGGAGACAUCUACCCCAAAACUCUCCUUGGGAAGAUAGUGGGGGGUCUGUGUUGUAUAGCAGGAGUACUGGUGAUAGCCCUGCCCAUUCCUAUCAUUGUAAAUAACUUCUCAGAGUUUUAUAAGGAACAGAAAAGACAGGAGAAGGCGGUGAAAAGAAGGGAGGCUCUGGAGAGGGCCAAGAGAAACGGCAGCAUUGUCUCCAUGAACAUGAAAGAGGCUUUUGCACGAAGUGCAGAGCUGAUGGAUGUGGUGGUGGAGAAGAGCGAGCGACCGCAGCAAAACCACCUGUCCCCCAGCCGCUGGAAAUGGACUCCCAAGAGGGCUGGCUCAGAGACCAGCUCCAAUCACUCUUUAAAUGCCAAGGAGCUAGGCUCUCCGAGCAAAGAUGGAACCGCCAGUCCUCAGAGGCUUAAUGCCCAGAAGCUGGAGGAGAUGUACAACCAGAUGGCCAUGACGCAAUCCCAGCCAAAUCUCAAUGCAAAAGACAAAAGCUCCCGAGUUGGCAAACACAGGGAUGAAAUAGAGCUGGGAGCUAUCCCAGACCAGGGCCAGCCCAUGAUGGGCACGAGGGAGGCGGUGGGAGACAUGAAGAGCUUGUCGAGCAUCGAUAGCUACAUCAGUUGCGCCACAGACUUCCAGGAGAACACCCGGUUCCCCCAUAGUCCAGCUGUGGGCCUUGGCCUCCAAGACGGCAGCAGGCGGUUCUCCCACAGUCCUGCCAGCGUCCUGGGUGGUGGACGCGCCAGUGCCAAGACAGCCCUGCAGCCCCCCCUGGAGCACGAGCCUGUGUUCACGCCCAUAUCGGGUACUCUCUUCCCCGAAAAGACACCGAAAUUCUUCUUCUCCAGCAACUUUUCCAAAAACCGCACCCCUAAAGGCAGUUGCCGUAGUGACGGGGACAGCGGCCCCUCCCCCAUGUCCGACAGCUCAGUCCUCUCCGACCACUCACUGUUGACCUCCGGGGCGUCCGUCUACACCACGGCCAGCAGCAGGACCCCGCCCAAGUCCCCGGAGAGCACCACGCUGACGCAGGCCGUGUUCACCUUCCACGACUCGUCCAUCAGCAAGUACAUCGACGCCGACACGGACGACGACGAGCACCUGCGGGACAUCUCCGACGCCAACCCCUCCGAGCGCCUCCUGGCGGGCUCCAGCCCCAAGUGCCGCAUCAACAGCACCUACCAGAGGGGCACCAACCACCUAGAAACGGCCCAGAAAAUGCUGGGCCAUAACUGUCUGUUCCCCCUCGAGGGGAUUCGGAAGGGGAUCCACGAGAACCACGUGGUGCCCGACGCGACGCGCAAAGUCAAAGUAGGGAGGGGAACGCCGAACAAAUUGAACGAGAGUCUCUGA